UAUUGGAUUAUUAGAUUUAUCAUUAAACGAUUUAUCAUUAAACGAUGCAGACGAUGCAGUACUUGACAUGAACAUCACGGAAACGACCACUUCCUCUAUCGCCGUCCAAUGGCAGACACACCGUCAGGCGUGUACCAACAGCACCGUUUAUGUAAAACAGAAAAACCUUUUCAAUCACCAGCAUCAGAUCGAAGCGACGACUUGGGACACAGACAAUUUCAACUUUACUGACCUGGCACCAGGAACUUUAUACCUACUUGAGGUCUACAUUCGACAACGAAAUGGCCAGGUCUUCUUUUCUUCCGUAAAGGAAACAACCGACGUUGGCCCAAUCGUCAACCUUACGACAUCCCAGGUAUCAUCAUCUGGAUUCUUGGUGUCUUGGGUGCCUCCCCCACGCACAACGUCCCUGGGAUACAGGAUUGAUUUUGGGAUGGUCAACAGUAGAGACACUGGACACGUUUACUCGGGGCAUCCAAACGUUACUCUAGAAGGGCUUCUCCCGGGUGUUGAGUACAGCGUGAACGUGACAGGACUAGUGACUGACAGUGAGACGCCACCAGUGGGAAUACACCAAUAUACGAUUGUGGAUCAUGCUCACUAUCUACACACCGAAGAGGUUCAUGAAAACUCGGUCAUGUUGGCAUGGGACGCUCCGACUGCGCCUCUACUAGGAUACCGACUCGUGGUCUACCCCUCCCUGGAUCCUCUCCUUGUUACUAAUGUCACACUCACUGGUCAUAGUGUAACCGUGGUCGUGGACAACCUGGUACCUGAAACUAUCUACAUAGCCAAGUUGUUUCCCUAUGGUCACGCAGGCGAAGGAACCAGUUCGGAUAUCAUAUUUCUUACAGCAGCUGCCAAGACAACAACUGAAUCACCUCCGUUGCCGGAGUUAACGUCAUCCGGACAUGCGCCUACCAGCGUUAAGCCCUCCCUGUCAUCGCUACAGCCAGAUCUGUCUUCAUACACUACGCUAAGUGAUUCAGUUUCAACAGAAGGGGUGAUCAACGAAGACGCUGAAUCUACCCCAAGCGACUUCUUUGACAGUGUCUCCAGUGACGAUAGCGGAUCGUCUGAAAGUGAAUGGUCCAACAGCGAAUCUAGUCAUGGAUCUAGCGAUCAGGAUCCGGAGUUUGGUGCCGAUUACGUCUCCUCUGAUUAUGCGGUUAUGGGGGACUCUCUACUGACGAAUGUCGACGUGGAAGAAACAUCCAGCGCCAUGCUAUUAGAGGACAUACCACCAGCCCCAUUAGUUGAAGGUCUUGCUAUUCCCGAAAUCCCUGGGAUCGACCUUAGUGAUAUUUCCUCGGCUGAUCCAGCAGUAGUGAAGGCGGCCCUUGUCCAGUCAACAUUCCAACACGACAAGCAAUCAGACAGCAUUGAGGACAAAGCCGACGACGCCAAGUUAUGCGAAGAGUCUGUGCAAGCUUUCAGAGUGGCCUCUUCGUCAGUUAGAGGCAUUGAUGGAAUCACAGUGCUGUCCCAGAUAGGUGCACUUGUCGUCGCUGAUUGUCCGCAUCUUACUCAUGACGCAAAGGAAGCUGCCGUUGAAGCGAUGAGAAUGAUGACGGAGGCAAUGUCAGAAACCGAAGUCCUUGAACCAGAUUCCGUUUCCGUCUUGGGAACAGCUUUACUCGGCUCAAUUGGUCAUAUCCUUGAAGAAGAGAAUCCGGUUAAAGAUGCGGAUGGUGCUGCUCCUGAUGGCGCAUCUGUCGCUGAAGACGAAUAUCUCUCUCCACGAGAGAAGGAAGAACUGGCAGCUCACGCGAAGGCGACAGAACAUGCAAAGAAACGUUCAAUGGUUAAGAAAACCCGGGACGUCAUUGACGGCCUGGUGAACACCAUGAGGAAUGGGUUGCUGUUAGGAGGACCUCCGACGGUGGUAAAUGCCGGAGGCAUAACGGUUAUGGUGCAAAGGACGCGGGCCAACAAGCUUAAUGAAAGGGCGGUAGAAAUGAAGGAUGCCACUUUGCUGUUCCCUUCUGGAAAGGCCCUAUUCCCCAGGAGACCUCCCUCUCUGGUGGAUGCAAAAAUUGUUGUUUAUCAACACAAUCCGUUUACAUGGGGAGUCGGCCAGCGUGGGGUGAGGUCCGCUGUCUAUGACGUCUCUUUACUGCCAUUAACGACACCGUGGCAUACUUUCGACGGCAUGGACGAGGACAUUUUGCUGAAGUUCCAAACCGAUCCAAGCAAAAUCAAAACGCAGCUUUUCGAGUUUUCUCCGCCGGGAACGUCAGAAAUGAUGUAUCACCGAGUCAACAUCACUGACGAGAAUGACGUUGUCCUCGUACGCGUUCAGGCGACCAACAAAAGCUCCGCCAUAAGUGUCUAUGGGAAGGCGGAUGGCUUUCCCAAUGAAACCGUACAUGACAUCGUCAAUAGAAGUUUGGAAGGCCACGAUUUCAAUAGCUACCAGAUUGAUGCUCAUCCCGUGUAUCUGUUGGCAUUUGGAAGGCCCAGUAUGGGGACAUACAAAAUUGGAGUGAAAAUAGAAGCUCUCGCCGAUGCGCUAGAUGGGCCUACGAAGGACGGCGUGUUAUUAGUUGAUGACGAAUUAAACAACAACAUUACACGGUACUACACUCUUGGAGUACAGCGCAUCGGUUGUAACUUUUGGGAUGAAGAAAGGGAGACCUGGAGCAAUCAUGGCUGUAAGGUUCACAGUACAACAGCCGCCACUGAAACUGUAUGUGCCUGCAAUCACUUGACGCCGUUUGGGGCUGACUUCGCGACUGCACCUAACAGCAUCGAUUUUAACACAGUCUUCAGCAAGCUCGCCGAUCUUGACAAGAAUUCAGUUUUGUCAACAGUCUUCGUAGUUCUAGGACUGUACUUAAUUGCUGUAGUAUUUACUAGAAGGAGGGACAUAGAGGACGUGAGAAAAUGGUGCUACCGAUUCCUACCGGACAACCGUGGCGCAGAUCAGUACUGCUACCACAUCACAGUGCACACAGGACAUGUAGUGAGAGCUGGCACGAAAUCUAACGUGGCAUUCAAUGUGAUAGGAGACGAGGCAGCGACGGGGGUUCGUGUCUUUGGGCAGGACUCACAGCUGUUUACACAGGGCAGUGUCAACACAUUUAGUAUGGCAGUACCCGGCAGUCUUGGCGACAUCAGAAUGCUUCAGAUCUGGCACGAUAACAAGGGAGGAAGAAGCAGGUCCUGGUAUCUGGAAAAAGUUCUUGUGCAAGACCUUCAGACAAGGGACAGGUAUGUUUUCCUAUGCAACGACUGGUUGUCUGCGGACCGUGGCGACGGCCAGGUGAUCAGGAAUCUUACUCCGGCGAAAGAGGAAGACUUGUCUUCUUUCGCCUUCCUUUUCUCGUCCUCAGUACGCACGGACAUGAAGAACGAACAUCUCUGGUACUCUAUUAUCUCUCGUCCCACCAAGAGCUACUUCACAAGGGUGCAGCGUUUGUCUUGUGGUCUAUGCGUGCUCUACACAACCAUGGUCGCCAAUGCCAUGUGGUAUAAAAGAGGGUCUGCAUACCCUCAUAAAACAGACGAUACGCUUCAGACAACAACAACUGUGAAGCUAGGCCCCAUUUCCUUCACGCUCCACGAUCUGUACGUCAGUGUGAUGACAUCUGUCACCGUUUUACCAUUCAAUUUGUUGUUGAUUCAACUCUUCAAGAGGUGCAAGCCUAAAACUGAAGUGCGCAAAGUCUACGAUACGAACGGACAGAAAGGCCAAAGCUCCCCAUCCGCCUCCAGACAACUGAUGUUGCCUCACUGGUGUGUUUACGCGGGAUGGCUACUGCUUUCUCUGGCGUGCUUCGUCUCAGCAUUUUUCACCAUUCUUUACAGUUUGGAAUGGGGUCCUGUGAAAGCUAACAAUUGGCUGAAGACGUUUCUAUUGUCAUUUUUCCAGUCAUCAUUCGUCUUUGAGCCCAUCAAGAUCGUUGUUUUGGCCGUCAUACUGUCCAAGCUGUUCAAAAAGAUGACUCUUACGACAGUGCUCGGUGAAGACACAGCUUUCGAUGCAACACCUACUGACAUGAAAUAUGCUAAAAACCCAUUCAACCGCUUUGAGCUUGAAGCAACUAAGGCUCGGCUGACGAAAGCACUUCGUAAAUACAAUGUCACCAACAAGUCUACCCUGGAGGCCCAACAAAAAAGAAAGGAAAUUCGAAAGAGAACGGACAAGACGUUAGGAGAAAUUACGACAUUCCUGAUCUACGUGCUUCUGUUGCUCGUUAUAGCCAAUGGAAAUGUUGACACUUCUUCACAUUAUGUACAGAAGGAAUUGGAUGGGCUAUUUAGGGGCACAUUUGAUGAGGUUUCUACUGCAGAAAGUUUUUGGAAAUGGGGACAAGUGACACUCCUUCCGGGUCUCUUCAACAAGUCUGAGUACAAUGCCGGGCGCCGGAAGUGGCGCGAUAAACCGUUCAUCAGUGACAUGCAAUCCGUGAUGGUUGGGUCAGCAAGGUUGCGUCAGCUGAGGGUGUCUCCAGGGCGCUGUACGGUACCUUCAAGAUUUCGUUUCGACAUUCUUGAGUGCAACGUAGGUUAUACGCAACGCAAUGAAGAGAAUCGUCCCUUUCAAACAGGAUGGCAGCCUGUUGCUACCACCAACCACACGCUUAGCAACGAAAGUUUAAUCCAACCGCCAUGGGUUUACCAGAAACCCAGCAGUGCCAUGGGUACGGCAGCGGAAGUGUCUUCUUACGAUUCAGGAGGGUAUGUGGCAGAGUUGGGGGACAGUUAUGAGGCUGCUUUAGAAACUAUCAAAGAGCUUGAGAAAUCUGAUUGGAUCGACCGCUACACACGGGUCAUCGUUGUGGAAUUCACUCUUUUCAACGCGAACGUGAACUUCUUCAGAACGUUGACAUACGUCAUGGAGUUUCCCAACACUGGGGGCGGUGUGCCGUCCAUGUCCAUCAGCACGUACAGGCUGUACUACUUCAUCGGUAGCGUCGGUUAUAUCGUAAUGACUUUUGACAUCAUCUAUGUUUUUUGGUUCUUAUACAAGUCAAAGAGAGAGGUGCAGAUAAUGGUGCGAGAGGGGAAGGCAUACCUCAAGCAACCGUGGAACAUUGUAGAAAUCCUAAAUAUAGUGCUGUCGUUGUUUGCCUUUGCCAUUUUUGCUGUUACGAAUGUCAUAUCAAGGAAAGUUUUGGACCAGCUUAAAAGCACCAAAGGGGAACUGCGGUAUGUUGACUUCAACGAAGCGGCAUUCUGGAACCUGGUGUUCCUGUGGUUAAUUUCCAUACUCUCAUUCAUCAACAUCAUGAAGUUUCUUCACCUGGUGCGCUUCAACCCCACCAUCUCCAUCCUGGCCGCAUGUAUACGUAAGAUGUCAACUGAAGUCAUGGGCUUCUUUGCGUACUUCGCCAUCGUCUUCUGUGCCUUUGCACAAUUAGGUCUAUUGCUGCUAGGCACUCAGCUGUCGGGUUACCGCACCUUUGUUGAGACUGGAAAGAGCCUCUUUACCUCAGUACUUGGCGGUUUUAAUUUCGACGAAGUCAACGAAACGAGACUUGGACCCAUCUUCCUCCUUGCGUUUUUGCUUUGCCUGUUGCUUGUAUUCAUCAACAUCCUUGUGGCUAUCAUCAACGACGCCUUGGUGCUCAUGAACGAUCUCGAAGCACCAGAGGAGCAUCGCCAAAUUCUCCAGGAACUCUGGGAACGAUGUUCGAAUCUGCUUGGGUUAAGUUCAGAUGAAGAAGAAGAAAACGUGGAUGUCUUAGACCGCUUGGAGGACUCUCUUAUGGAACUCGAGCUUUCCCUGCGAAGGAUGACAGAGAGAGCCGUACUGGAAAAAGUAACAUUUCAAUGGGCAUUGCAACUAAGAACCCACCGCCGAUCCGGCUGCAGAGAAGGCACUCAAAUGUUCCUCGAAUUGUAACAACACGUAUUCGCCAGACUUAUCAUGGAAGGACCGUAUUGCUAGCAACAGCGCGACUCGUCAUGGUGAUUUGAAACACUAAAACUGUAAAUAGCCUGUGUUUAAUGGACAAGGAUUGAUCUUUGUGCACUUAUCUCGCUUUAAACAGCCUGCAAAGUCGUGGCAAAGACAGGACUACAAAUUCUUUUAGCAUUGGUGCCCGUUCCUAUCAGUUCACGUAGCACCUUGAUGACUUGUUCAUAGUAUUGUAUUCUCUUAAUGACUGCUUGUAUUUGCAGUUUGUGUGUGUGUGGAAAAUCAUGAAUGCUUCUUUUUGAAUUUUUAAAACUGUGAUUGCACUACCUGAUAAUGUCAUAUAAUUGGAUGUUAGAUCUUUGCUGAAUUGAUGUAGAAUGGCGACAUAUUUAAACCCAAUAAUUUUCAUGGUUCUUCCAUGAUGCCAGUGUACUGACCUGCAUGUAGCACUCAUUGAUACGGAUUCUACUCCCAAUGACACCAUCUGUGUAACACCACUGGUUAAAUCAAAUAUGAUUGGUUUCUGGUAGGUGACGGUAACAUCGGCAUGAUGUGGAGUCUUGUAGAAAGAAAAAGCGAAGAAAUUAGCUGAUUUUACAAAUUUAUAGGACUCUUUAACCUAGUGUUUAAAGGACCAUUGCAAUAUUUAUGUAAGACAACUUUGAAAGGACAUCACACAUGGGUGUGUCUUAUAAUUCAUUAGUUUUAUGUCAUUUUCAAGAAACAAUUAGAUUUCAGCCGCUGUACUCAGAAUGCGUUUUGAGUGUCCUCUUUGUCAUUCACAUUUUCGUUAAACCUAAUUCUGCCAGUGACCUAUUCCAUUGAUCAUCUAUCUAGUCAGCUUUUCGCGGUCCGCUGUAUGUGCGCUGUAAUACUGUCCAGGAAAAGCCGACCCAAGACCAACAUUUGUGCCAGUACGAUGGAAAUCGAAUACUCCCAGGGACAUCAUACUUGUCUGUUAUUCUCCUACAUUGACCCACUCUUGACCCUUAUUCACCAUUGCCUUGCAGAUACAUCCAAUCGACUACUUAGUUCUUACUGAUUUGACAGGGAAAGCGUCUUUCUGAAUUCGGUCACGUUGCGUGUCACGACACAGUAGUUUUAUGGUGAUGUGUAGUUGCGCUUUGAUGAGUUACAGAUAGAUUGUCAUUGUGCUUCAGGCUAUGUUGCGUUUGAUACGUGCAGUGACUGCAGAUUCAUGUCUUACAGUACACUGGUUGCCCUGUAGCUCCUCCUGGCAGAAGUGUAGUCAAUGUACGAUGAUAAACAUAACAGAACUCAGUCAGGUUUGCCUUGUGUCAUCUGCUAAUUUCAACAUGGAUAUUCCUUGUAUUUCGUGGCAACUGCUCAUAAUACUAUAGAAAGGGGGCGGAUAAAUUUAAUUUACACGGAGAUUUCUGAUUUCAUCGUCUCAAAAUGCCAGGUAUAAAAUACGUUAUACACAUCUGAGCCAUUAAAGCCACCGAUGUGAAGCAGACGGCUUACUCUGGUUGAGUGUUAUGCCAAUUUCUAUGUUACUUUGACUACCAUGUCACAUGCUAGGGGCGCACUGCGUAGAGGAGGGUUAUAACAUACUGCUUCAGCACGAUGUACCUUUUGUAUUCUCAUUGAGACAACUUAAAAAGCAGCUCUGUUUACCCCUCCUCAUGAUGUGUGCGUCAUAAUGUUCUUAAUUAAAUCUAGCGUGCUCUUGGUACAUGUCUGUACCGUUCAUACUGUACUUGAGGAAGCGGUCGUAACUUAAUGUGGUCCUCAGCCGGCCAAAUGGAUGGGAUUACAUUGAUAA